AUGAGUUCUCUAAAUCGUGAAGGUUUUCUUGGCUUUAGCGAUACAGUUCGCCACGAAGAGGAAAUUAAGUGCGUGAGCCACCAGCACGCCAGCCAAUUGUUCCACAACAAAUUCAUUGUGGUUCUGGGUGACUCUAUUCAGCGGUCUGUCUACAAAGACCUUGUCUUGCUCCUACAGUAUGAUCGAUACCUUCGUACAGGACAGCUUAAAUCAAAGGGUGAGAUGAGCUUUGAACUGGACCUUCUAGUGGAAGGUGGUUGCCUCAGCCCAAUGCACAAUGGGAUAAAUUACCGCGAGGUCCGGCAGUACCAGUCUGACCACCACAUGGUCCGCUUCUACUUUGUGACACGCAUAUACUCUGACUACAUGAAAAGUGUCCUGCAGGACUUCCGCCUUGGGUUGAAACCAGAUCUAGUCAUAGUCAACUCCUGUGUUUGGGACAUUUCAAGGUACAAUUUAGAAUGGCUGAGUACAUACAGGGAAAACCUCAAUACAUUCUUUGAAGAACUCCAUGAGAUCCUUCCAGAGGAAAGCUUGGUCAUUUGGAACCUCACCAUGCCCCUGGGAGAGAAAAUCAAAGGGGGGUUCCUGGCUCCUGAGAUUUCCUACAAGGCUUCCCAUCUACGUCACGAUGUGAUCGAAGCCAACUUCUACAGUGGAACCCUUGCCGCCGCUUACAAUCUGGAUGUCCUGGACCUCCACUUCCACUUCCGCUUCUCCUUACAGCAUCGCGCCAGUGACGGCAUCCACUGGAACGCCUUGGCCCAUCGCCGGAUAAGCACGCUGCUGUCGCUGCACGCCGCAGAUGCCUGGGGUGUGGAGCUGCCACUUACUGCUCGCGAGAAUUUAGCUGUCGCUCAUCAGCUGCCAGUCCCGGAAAGAGAUCCCAGUCGUGUUGGUAAGAUGCAGGCACUCUGA